UACAGAGUGCGGGGUGGCUAGAAUGUAAACGUGAGCACUUGAGCAGUUACCGGGUUACUUUCUACUUGCCUUAUUUUUCCCCUUGAAAUGACCGAAUUUACUUUCUGCACGGUUAACUGAUACUAUCAGCAGAUUAAUUCCAUGAAAAUGCCACAACCGGAGGAGCUUCUGACACCGGAGCAGAUCCUCGUGGAGGUUAGGAAGUUCAUACCAGAAUCAGUGAAGAAAUGUCAACACACGAAUGUGUACAAAGUGACCAAAGGGGCCUUGACACUCCUCAGGAACUUACCUGGGGCAAGGGAGGCUGUACUAGAGUACCUCAGGAAAGUCUUCUUCUUCGCUGUCAACAGACAAAACCGUCACAUGGAGAUAUAUCCACCUCAGCCUCUUGGAGAUGAACCCACGAUGAACGUGACAGUACCAGAAAUUCAUGGAGUUUUAAGUGAAAUUGUCGAAGAAAGUCCUGCUGCAUGGGCUCCACUUGUUGCUACGUGGUCCCUCGAUCUCCUGGGAAAACUCUCUUGGACGUACUCAAAACGCAGCAAUCCCCCAAGUCUGACGAUAAAUGACGACUUGAAACACUGGCUGUCAUUUCGAACAACAAGAAUUCUAAUCGAUCUCUCAGCAAGAUGUAUCAGAUGCCUCUCAGAGCCAGAAGCUGACUCCUGCAUGAACGUCCUCACUGAGUCAAUCACCAGUUACUAUCCUUUUUUCAAUUGGGUGGUUGCUCACGUGGGCACGUGCUUCCCGAAUCUCGUCAUCAACAAGGUGCUCCUGUGGGGCUUGAAGGACUUCUCAGAGACAGGUUCCCAGCAGAGCUCUCCUCGUACUCUAAGCUCCGUGGUGGGCAUCCUGGGGCACCUGGCAGGUAGUAACUUCUACGAUAUCCGUGAGUCUCUGCUGAGCCUCUUCAAAUGGAGCCUGGACGAGAACCUGUCAGAUGACGACCAAAUAAGAAAACAAAAAGUGGCAACAGUGCCAUUCCUUUUGAAGCUCGCAUCAAUGUCCCAACUCCUGCUGAAGAUCAUAACAACAGUAGUUCUGCAGACAUUGUUCCCUGUCCGUCCAGACGUAAUUCCACGUCUGGCAGUAUUCGCCCCAGACUGGUGCAACUAUUUCGAGAACCAACCAAAAAUACUCCUGGAAGUCACAGUGCACUCCAUCCUAGCGUGUGAGCAGGGGGCUUGGCAGAUCAUUUCAAUCCUCCUGGACACGAGCCUGAGCACAAGUAACGUGGGUUAUCACGGUGUUAAUGCAGCCCUGGCAGUCAAGAAUGUCUGCCGGGAGAUUCUCGAGAUGAUUAUUCAGGAGGUAGACCUGCAGAUGAAGCUGAAAGGAGCCCACAACACAGGGAUAGCCCUACUGUCGUCAAUAAAACAGGAUUUGUGCUUGAUUGAGCCCCUCCUCCUGGACCCCCACCCACUGAGGGUGCAAACAGCUGUGAGACUGAUCUCACUCCUGGGAGCGCAGAGCCCCAAUGUUGUGAUCUCGUCAGGAUCCGGAGUACUCAGAAAUGCAACGAACACUUUUCACCUAGCAGCAUUGGUUCGUCUGAUGGCUGAGAACCUCACAGUGUUUCCUGCCAUUAAGCCAGAGCCUGAGAAUCCCCUCUCCGGCCACGGUUACUUCACUCAAACCCUCGAGCAGGCCCUCAGGGACAUCCAGUACUCCCCCAGCUCCAGGGAGCACGAGGCAAGACAACUCUUCAAGAACAUUGCGACGUUGUUGAAGUGGGAAAACUCGAGAAAAGUACAGAUACUGAAGUCCAAAUUAAUUUCUCGUGGGAUUCAUUCGAAUCUCUCUCAGAUAUCGUCAUUGCUUAUGAAGACUGAGGAUCUCCUGUUGACCCACGAUAUCGUGGAAACCCUGGACCACCUGUCAAUCCAGGAUAAGCAUCAGUACACCCACAGUGUUGAUUUACUUCUCAGACUGACGAGAGCAAUCGUCAGGUAUUUUUUCAUUUGUAUUCGAGAGGAGGACGUUAUCAGGAAGUAUCGUGGCAUUAAAAUAGUCAACAGAUUGUUAACACUGAUGGCGAUGACGUCGCCCUGUGCCAGAGUCCUGGCGAUCAGGGAGUUGGUGGAAAAUGGAAUAUACGGAGAUCCUGCAAAAUACUUCGGCGCUAAAGUCUCACCGCCGAAUGACUCCAAGGAUUAUCUUCUUCUGGAGCAUAAUCACAAGCAUGGCACCUCAGUGAUGCUGGCGCAAAGACACUCCUCUGUGUUUCAUGCUGGAGUAAUUGGCGAGGGGCCCAGGAGAUCUGUCCCUGAAAAUUCUUUCGACAAAGACACAAUAUCGAUGAACAGUGUUUUGCUGGUGGACGCCAUCAAGUCUUGCUGCACCAACGAGGAAGUCAGUCCCCAUCCAAAUUUAGAUGCUAUGACAUCUGUCAGUCUCUUGCUGGUGGAGCUGGUGUCUCCUGAUGUUAUGUACAAUGGUUUGCCCUGGCCUGACGAGGAGUUCAUCAAGGUCACAGUGGAGAGGGAUCUCCAGAUUCGAAGGACCUUCAAAGAUGUUCCCGUCCUCUGGACUCUGCUGGAGCUCACUGCGAGGCAUCGACCAGCUCUCGCCUAUUCGUCGGUUUUACUCAGAGGAAUUGCGGCUACUGUCAUGGCUAAUUGGAGUAUUAAUGAGGGGACGAGGCUAGUUGAUGUGAUGGCACUUGGGCAGCUGCUUCCACCACCUCUCAACUGCCUCAGGGAUGUCCUAGCCAUUCUCACACCCAGUCAGAUUAAUACUGUCAUGAAAGAGUGCGUCUGGGCGUACAUGCAUGAGAACGUGCCUUCUCCUGCUUUAUUCACACUCACUGAAGGGGCUAGCAUCGCCUGGAGGGACACUGAGAUGUCAGCUCCUGGUGCCAGAUUCACCGAGACCCUUCGGCUCAUUCUUUUACCUAAUAUCGCAAAGACUGGCUCCCUCUAUCAUACUUUAUUUUACAACGAGCAUAAGUGAUGAUUAAGCCUCUAAUGUAUUUUUUGUAAAUAUAUGACGGUUAAGGAGGUUUUUUUUGCAAGAAAAAUUUCAUGCAACCUGUCAAAUAUAAUGCAAAUAAAUUCGAAAAAAUCAUUCUGACAUUUCAAACCGGUAAUGAAACCGUUGGACGGUUCAAGUUAAUUUCAAUUGUCGGUGGUUUAAUUGAAUAUUUCGGAAUUUAGAGCAAACAUGGAAAUUUGUAAUGGAAUCUUUUUUGUAGAGUUAAUUGAGGAGUAGGGUAAAGGAUAGUCCUAAAAGUCCGCUAGUCUUUUUCGAUUCGGACAUUCGUUAUUUUACACGAAAGUCGAUGGAAACAUUCUUCAAAUAAUUUUAGCAACUUAAAGAAUUCACUGGAAGCAUUUUUUUCUAUAGGUUUUUAUUGCUAUUAUCCGAAUGAAAA